AUUUUGUUAGUCCGUCUCUGUCCUUUCUGUUAUGAUACAGGUGACUACUGUUCAAUAACAAUUAUAUAAUUUAUUGUUGACUACAAUUAAAUCUAUUGGACAACCGUAUGUGAAGUAAUGACUAGUACAGCGAAACCUAUUUUAUCAUUGAAACAUUUUAUUUUGAAACAAGAAGUAAAAAAUCUAUACAGAAGAAUAUUUAAAGCAAUAAGACAAGUACCUGAACUAAGCCACCAACAAGAGUUAAAGGAGUGGGCCAGAAGGGAUUUUAGGAUGAAUGCACAUCAUACUGAUGAAAUAACUAUUAAAAUGUAUUUAAAAUAUGGUGAAAGAUGUUUAAGGGAACUUGAGAAUAGUUUAAGUUUAGCAAAAUAAUAGGUAAUAUUAAUUAAUUAAUUAACUCUUUAAAAUUUAUUUAUACAAAUAUGUCAAACAUUGUUUUCAUGAAGCUAACAUUUUCCAUAAAUUAAAUAAACAAUGAAAGAUUAAUACAAAUGUAAAUAAAGUAGUUAUUAAAAAUACAGACAA